AUGGCCGAUCCCAUGACUACCCAAACCUCCUUAGCUUUGCCUCCUUUCUCGACCCUUUCACCGAAAUAUGAGGUGUUCCUCAGUUUUAGAGGCUUCGACACUGGAAAAGGUUUUACUGACAAUUUGUACAAGGUCUUGAUUCACUACGGAAUCCACACUUUCAUGGAUGCUGAACAACUCGAAAGUGGAGAACCCGUUUCAACGGAACUCUUCAAAGCAGCUGAAGAAUCGCAAAUAUCAGUCGUCAUUCUUUCAACAAACUAUGCAACCUCCGCAUGGUGUCUUAAUGAACUUGUCACUAUGGUUGAACUUGCGGAAAACAACGAGUCCAGACUGAUUUUGCCUGUGUUCUAUGGCGUGACGCCAUCCGAAGCACGAAAACAGAUUGGAGUUCAUUUUGAAGAGGAGUUUGCUCAACAUAAAAAAGAUAUCGAAGGAGAGCCAGGAAAGGUGGCAAGGUGGAAGAAAUCUCUCACUGAAAUCGCCAACCUCUCAGGAUAUGAUAUAAGAAAUUAUAGAAACGAGACAACAGUGAUUGAAAAGAUAGUUGAACGUAUUUUUGGUGUUUUGAUUAACACAUUCUCAAAUGAUUUAAAGGACUUUGUUGGUAUGGAUCGUGUAAAUGAAAUUAAAUCCAAAAUGAGUUUGUGUAUGGGUUCGGAAGAAGUUCGUGUAAUAGGGAUUUGUGGGAUGCCCGGGAUUGGUAAGAGUACUGUUGCAAAAGCUCUUUCUCAAAGAAUUCGCCGUCAAUUUGAUGCUAUCAGUUUCAUUUCUAAGGUUGGAGAGAUAUCUAAAAAAGAAGGCUUAUUUCAUAUCAAAAAACAACUUUGUGAUCACUUGUUGGAUAAGAAAGUAACCACAAAGGAUGUCGAUGAUGUGAUAUGUAAGAGAUUGCGUGACAAACGGGUGCUUAUAAUUCUUGACAACGUGGAUGAAUUAGAACAAAUAAAAGCUGUAGGUGGAAGUGACGGUGCAGGCUUAUCCAAUCGGUUUGGUAAGGGAAGUAGAAUCAUCGUAACCACAACAGAUGAAAGGUUGUUGAUAUAUUAUAACCACCCAGAAAUAUACACAAUUGAGAAACUUACUCCGGAUCAAGCUCUUCUUCUCUUCUGUCGGAAAGCCCUCAAAACAGACCAUCCCAAGGAUGCUUUUAAGAAGUUGUCUAACGAAUUUGUAGAUUACAUCGAUGGUCAUCCAUUGGCUCUUGAAGUUUUCGGUCGCUCCUUACGGGACAGAAAAGAAGAUUAUUGGUCUACUAAAUUGAAGUCUUUAAAAGAUAAUAACUACUCUGGUGAGGAGAAAAUUAUUGGUGUUCUUAAAGCAAGUUUUGAUGGAUUAGAGAAUCAAGAACAGAAGGACAUGUUUUUGGACACUGCAUGUUUCUUCAAAGGCGAGGAUGUAUGUCGUCUAGAAAAGAUAUUUGAAAGUUGUGGUUACUAUCCAAGCAUCAAUAUAGACAUCCUCUGUGAGAAAUAUUUAGUAAGUAUGGUAGGAGGAAAAUUGUGGAUGCAUGAUUUACUACAAAAAAUGGGCAGAGAUAUUGUUCGUGGAGAAUCCAGAAAGGAAGGAGAACGCAGCAGAUUGUGGCAUCAUACAGUUGCCCUUCCUGUACUGAAGAAAAAUAAGGGGACAAAAACUGUUGAAGGUAUUUUCCUAAGCUCGCCUCAGCCAGACAAAGUACACUUGAAGAAAGAUCCAUUCUCAAACAUGGACAAUCUAAGAUUGUUGAAGAUUUACAAUGUGGAAUUUUCUGGAUGUCUUGAAUAUCUUUCAGAUGAGUUAAGCUUAUUGGAAUGGCACAAAUGUCCUUUAAAAUCUCUGCCUUCAAGUUUCGAACCCGACAAACUUGUUGAACUGAACUUGUCCGAAAGCGAAAUAGAGGAAUUAUGGGAGGAAAUUGAGAGACCCUUGGAAAAGCUGGCGGUAUUAAACCUUAGUGAUUGUCAAAAGUUGAUCAAGACCCCUGACUUCGACAAAGUCCCAAACCUUGAGCAGCUAAUCCUUAAAGGUUGUACAAGCUUAUCUGCGGUUCCCAACGAUAUCAACUUGAGAUCUCUCACAAAUUUCAUUCUUUCGGGAUGUUCCAAACUCAAAAAGCUUCCAGAGAUUGGGGAGGACAUGAAACAAUUAAGGAAGCUUCAUUUAGAUGGGACAGCAAUAGAAGAGCUACCAACAUCAAUCAAGCAUUUGACUGGCCUUAUUCUGCUCAAUCUUAGAGACUGCAAGAACCUUUUGAGUCUGCCAGACGUCAUUGGUACUAGUUUGACAUCACUUCAAAUACUCAACGUCUCAGGUUGUUCCAAUCUUAAUGAGUUACCAGAAAAUUUGGGGAGUUUAGAAUGUCUACAGGAGCUCUAUGCAAGCAGGACAGCUAUACAAGAGCUACCAACAUCAAUCAAGCAUUUGACUGACCUUACUCUGCUCAAUCUCAGAGAAUGCAAGAACCUUUUGACUCUGCCAGAUGUCAUUUGUACUAAUUUGACAUCACUUCAAAUUCUCAACCUCUCAGGAUGUUCGAAUCUUAAUGAGUUACCAGAGAACUUGGGCAGUUUAGAAUGUUUACAGGAGCUUUAUGCUAGCGGGACUGCUAUAAGCCAAGUACCUGAAAGCAUCUCUCAGCUGUCUCAGCUUGAAGAACUUGUUUUGGAUGGUUGUAGCAUGCUUCAAUCAUUGCCACGACUUCCAUUUAGUAUAAGAGCUGUAAGUGUACAUAAUUGUCCUCUCCUGCAGGGAGAACAUUCAAGUAAAAUAACGGUGUGGCCUUCAGCUGCUGCCGGAUUUAGUUUUCUAAAUCGCCAAAGACACGAUGACAUAGCUCAGGCGUUUUGGUUACCUGAUAAACAUCUAUUGUGGCCAUUCUAUCAAACAUUCUUUGAGGGUGCCAUUCGGCGUGAUGAAAGGUUUGAAUAUGGUUAUCGAUCGAAUGAAAUUCCAGCAUGGUUGAGCCGUCGGAGUACUGAAUCCACCAUAACAAUCCCGCUGCCUCAUGAUGUAGAUGGUAAGAGCAAAUGGAUAAAACUUGCUCUGUGCUUUAUUUGUGAAGCAGCCCAGAAGCGUGAUAGUUUGGAAGAUGUACCAGAAUUUGAUGAGGAAUUGGGAUUAAAAUUCACUCGCAAUCACCGUAUUGAACUCUGUACAACUGAAGAUCCUCAUGAACGUCUCCUUGCGCUUGAUUACCGUGAUUGCAAUUUCGCUGGACCAUUUAUACAUUGGUGUUUUAUACCACAGAGUGACCUUGCAGAAAGUUCGAAUAAACGCUUGAUCCAAGCUACAAUUACACCUGAUAGCACAGGGACAAGGGUUACAGGGUGCGGGGUGAGUCUCAUAUACUUGGAAGAUGUGCCCAAAUUCGUCCGGAAAUUGAAUAAACACUAUAGUUAUUGCUAUCACGGCUAUCAGCCUGAACAAGAAGAAGAUGGUAUGAGAAGUAUUCCGUCGCUAAGUGGGGUUCAAACUGAACAAGAAGAAGUACAGGAACAAGAAACUACUACUUCAACCCGGAUUGUGGGUCAAUUGAGAAGAAACGUGGAGUCAUUGCUUGAAAAACUAUUCGAGGGAUUACAGCGGGGCCUUCCGAAUCUCUAUGAUUAUGGUUUUAUUUUUUGUCUACGAGAAAGAUUACCGUGGUUUAGUGAACAAAGCAGUACGUCUGCAUGCACAGUAAACUUACGUCUUCCUCCAAAUCUGCACAACAAUGAGAAAUGGGCAGGACUUUCUCUCUACGUUGUAUGUGUUCUGCCUCCAGGUCUUCCGCUUUUUCGCACUUUCUAUGAGUGUCACUUGUAUACACCUAUUGAGGCUGUGGGCCAUGAGCAACUGAUGCAUCGCCUAAUGUUAUCUUCCGUCUGGGAUGACAAUGUGGGGUCACAUCGACUCCUCAUUAUUCAUAUACCACGAGUACGCUUUCCGGAACGACUUAAUCGCUGUCAUUUCAUUCAGGCUUUAUUUGGAUGUAGAACUCCAGGUGUGGAGGUUGAAAUGUGUGGGAUGCGUCUAGUAUACAAACAAGAUUUUAAAGGGUUGAUCCAAACAAUCGUCCAUUGCACCAAUGAUCGGCCUGCUUACUACGGAACUGGUGAUUUUACAGAUACCAAGAAAUAUAAGGGAAUUAGUUUGGGAGCUACAAGUUUGCUAACGAAUCUGGUUGAAGCAGCCAAAACCAGCGAGCACAGCUCUGUCAGCGAAGUUUGUCCUCCUUUCAUGCCUUUCGAUUUCCGUCCAGAAACUUAUUCUGCUGAGGACUCUCAACAUGAAAGAAAAACAAUACCAUUUCCUCCAUUACAGGACUUUCGCCGUUCCUUUGGUCCUACCAACAACAUGAGCUCAGAUCAGAAUCAGCUCCUGGUCUUUGAACGUGACUUAAAAUAUAAUUCUUGUUACCUUCCAAAUCAGAUUGUAGAGUGGUUCGGGCAUCAAAGCAGCGGCCCCUCUGUAAAAAUCCCUCUACCACCAAAUCUAUAUGAAGACACAAACUGGAUAGGACUAGCUUUAUGUGCAUACUUUUCAGUCCUCGACCGCUCAACUACCGACCUUGACAAUUUGAAUCCAGAAAUUUCUCACCACCUAAUAUGUCACUUGGAGUCGGACAGAGGUACAAUAGAACCUAUCCAUGACUAUUGCACCACCAACGAAGAAUUCCAAUGGUUGCCUUUUGGAGGAUUCGUUUGGGUAUCCUAUAUACCACGAGCGUGGUUUUCAGAUCAGUUGAAUGAAUGUGAUGUCCUGGAGGCUUCAUUUGCUAGCGAUCACGAAGCAUUUACUGUGCACGAGUGUGGGCUACGUCUUGUAUAUCAGCAUGAAGAGGAAGAGAUUAAGCAGACCAUAUUGCACUAUAUGACGUGGUUGUCAGAUAAGAAAGGAAAAAAUUGAUCGAAAAUGCUAUAAACUCUUUGUAACACGCACUUUCAUUUUAUGAUCUCAAAUUUCCCUAGUGACAUGAGCUAGCCGAAAAGUUGAAACGAUCUAAAGAGAAUCACUCUUGAAAAUAACUUUUCUAUCAUUCCUUUCUAUUGCCAUAUAAUUUCCCCAAAUGGCUGUUAAUUGACAUGACUCUCCUAAGAACACGCAUCAAACUCAACCAAUUUUGUAAUUACGAGUGAAAAAUGCAUACAACUCAU